GAAGAGGAACAACUAUCGGAUCAUCAGUGAAAAAAUGGCCAAAACAUUCUCGAAUCGCAGACAGGAAGUUGUUAAUCUGGCACCACCUGUGAAUGACUUCAGAAGUAGAUGGCCUGCGCUUUUUGAUGCAGCACAGAUAAAUGAUGAAUUCCAAAGGAUCACCACUGUUAACUUGGAAACAACAUUCAUGGCAAAACUGGACCAGUAUUCCACAAGAAUAAUGUCCCUGGUCUCUUCAAAAGGCGGUGCUGCAAAAAUUAAGAUUGAGCGCAUCAGGAACAUGUUGCAAGAGAGUUCGGUGGAAACAAGAAGAGAGGUCGCAAUCCGUUGCCUGAUGGUGUAUCUGAAAGAGAAAGAAGAGGAUCUCUUCAGAGAACAGCUGGAUGGUGAAGAACAGUUCCCAGAAGAAGUGGUAAAGAUCGUAGUCACCAGACGUGCAGCAGUGUCUCUUCCAGCCGUCGCUAAAAUUGUGAUUGAAGGAACAGCUGUCCUGGAAGACCUUGAUGUGCCCAGAGCAUGUGCCUUAAUGAUGGGACUUAUAUACGCUCUCAAUCUGAGCUACCCCAAACAAGUAAAGAACACUCUAGAGGUAUUCCAGAAGGUGUUUCUGGAACUUGAUGGGCUUAAAGCCAGCCCACGGGUAAUGUCUCUUAAGUACAAACUUCUGUCAUAAAACAAAUGUAAUUUAGGCUGCAAUAUUCAGAUGUGCUGAUGCUUGUGUUUUUUAUGCAGUCUUAGACAAGUGUAGUUUUGAGAGUUCAUAAUGCGUAUAACCUUACCUUUGAAUUGUUGCGUUGUUAAAUAUUAAAAUGUUUGGUAAUUUUCUUGAUUCUGUGAUAUUUACCAAGUUGAUAGGUUAAAGUUAAUGUUUAAUAAUAAGCAGAUUUGCUAAAACAAAUUGCCUUACGUUGCAAUGUUUGUUUUCUGAGGUAUUUUAGAAGGGUGUGAUUUAAAAUUAUUGUUAUUUGGAAGAUUUUAUAUAUAUAUUUGCUGCUUUAUUUAAUAUACCUUUACAAAUCUUUAUAGUGGUUCUCAAAGUCGGUCAUCAGGCCCCACUGCUCUGCUUGUUUCUGUUAAUAACUAAACACUGUUGAUUGGCUGGUGUGUUCAGUUAAUCAGAAGUUGUAGACACCA